GUCACAUGCUUUUAACCAGGAAAUACAGAAGUGAAAUCUGUCCGUUGCAAGCGCGGCGAAAACGAACAAGGUUUAUUUUCAAACCCACAAGAGAGUGUUUAACUAUAAUGACGGAUCCAGUGGAGCACGUGGAAGCCAUUGUACUGGACUGUCAAAAUGGAAUCUCGAUAGACCUCUUUCUACAUCUUACGCUUAUCCCAGCUGUGCUGAUUGCCAUCGUGCUGUCAUUCUUUCAGAGGAGAGCAAAAACAUUGCCCAUUGACAACAAACUUCCUUUCUUGCAAGGGCGUUUUGGCAUUGUGGUGCCUCUGGACACCAUAGGCAGCCUGAGCAACCGCUGGUCUUAUGGGUUCGCCUUUGGGGCCGUGUCCUACAGCGUCCUGCUGCUCUUCUCGGAACAUUACAUUCCUUUCACUGUCCCGCCCUGGGCCAGAGCUGUUGUUUACCUGGUUGGAGCUCUGGAGGUGGGCCUGGUCAACCUACCGUUCUUUGCCUGCCUGUCAACUCCCUUCAGAACAGCUGGAGCCAUACUUGGAAUGAUCUACUCUUUGUGUUGGCUUAUCAUCACAGUGUGGGACACGUUCACAUGUCCAGGUGGCAAGAUUUUGGGAAAAUAUCAGAAGAUAAUUGUCCAGUGGCCUUGUAUCCUUUCACUCGUUUUUCUUUUGGGGAGAUUUGUCUACAUGUUGGUCAAAGAUGUUCGGAAACAUCUACAGCUGGAACAGGAGGACCCAGAUGAGCUCACUGAUCAACACCAGGUGCAGCAUGUGAAGAGACUACUGAGGAAAACAAGCGCACACAGCAAGACCCUAAGCUGGUUCCAGAGCAGAGUGUACGAGUGGGAUCCCGACUUUAAGUUCCCUAACAGAAUCAUUGGCACUGCCAUCAUAUCUCUCAUUGGCCUGUACACGAUGACUCUGGCUGACUACAGUCUGAGUACCGUGGCUUUCGGUCAAGUGGACAAGUGGAAGAACACCUUGAAACACCUGGUGACCUCCUGUAAUCAGACAGAAGCGGUCGGAGCCAUGAUCCCACAAUUGGAGGAGUUCAUCGACGUGGCCAGGAAGACUUGGUUAGCAACCACCAUCUUUGCGAGUCUCAAUUCAGUCGCCUACACGUUUCAUGUACUGGUAUGUUACAGGAAACAUUUAAAGAGACUUUGGAGAGGAGAGAAAGGUUUCCUCCCUGAAAAGUUCCACAACCCACGCUCUUCUGUCAGUGUGGCCUCCAUUGCACGGUACUCGGGAUGGCAAAUUGCUUUUACACUGUGGGGUUAUCUGAUGGUCCACUUUGUUCACUUCCUGGUUGCACUGUUGUUGGUGUAUGUGAUUGUAAUUCCAAUACAACACGGGAAAGUUCUGACCAUGCUGGCCAACUUGGGGACCCUAAUUCUAACCAUCGGUCUUGUGAUUGCCAUGGUGAUUCUUCAGAUAGUCCUGGUCCAGAUUUUUUUCCUUCAGGACAAACUGUCUUCGACUGAUAAACACAAACCACUGGCUCUCAACAACAGGAAAGCAUUCCACUGCUUCAACUACUUCUUUUUUUUCUACAACGUGAUCUUGGGUAUGAGCACCUGCAUCAUGAGGCUGCUCAUCAGCAUUGUGCUGGGAACAUGGCUGGUGUCCCGCAUUGACCGGACAAUUAUGCAGAGAGGAUAUGAAACUAUGGAUGCAGGUUAUAGCACGUGGAUCGGGAUGAUAUUUGCAGAUCACUAUCACAACAAUCCAGUUCUGGUGUGUUUCUGCCAAGUGCUCGUCUCCACCACUCUGGAAAAACGGACAGAAUCUGCAUAUAAUACACUCAACAACGCAUCGUCUGAAUGUCUUGUCAACAGUCGGGCAAGGAGACACUGGGCUUUGCUUUACACCCUCCUGAGAAACCCCCAUCUGAUCCUGCAUAGAAAGCAUCACCUCUCCUUGUUGACCUCGUCACACGUGUCUCCAUCUCCCCACUCGGACGCUGCAAUGCGGGCUUGGGUCAUGGCUUCCCAAUCACAGAGCCAACAGGCACUGUCGGUGAACUUACCAGACAACACUGUGGAACAAACUCCAGAUUAAAACGGCAUUCAUGAAGAUGCAUAUUGUGUUAAUGUUUGGACUUAGAACAUAGUCAGCAAUGACCCAUUUAUAUUUAUGUAAAAGUUUGUCGAGAUUUUUCAUGAAAAUAAUGCUUGGACUACCACUGCUGAGGACUGAACUAGUACAGUAAUGUGCAGAUCCAUACUGAAAUACUGAUACCGCCGAUACCAAAUAUUUAUACUCUAAAAUCGACUCUCAAAUCGAAAUAUUGAUACUUUUGAUAAUUUAUUUUUUUUGCAAUGGUGUACAUCAUAAACAGGAACAAAGUUUAAAGCAGGGGUCCCCAAACUUUUUGACUUGGGGGCCGCAUUGGGUUAAAAAAAUUG